AUGGCUGAGGAAUCUGCUGCCGAAAAGGCCCCUGCUGGGGAGUCCUUCUUGUCACAGCCGAACUCCGAUGCCCAAGGCCAACUCACCGCGGCCGUCGACGAGCUCCUCGACCAACUCCAAAGCAAGUUCGACAAUGUCUCGAAAGAGGUGUUUGGGAAAUUGGACGACAUGACCCGCCGACUGGACGAACUGGAGGCUUCUUUAGUUUCCUCCGGAGGUGACUCGGCCUCUGUGACACCAACUAAAUAG